AUGGGACAAGAACAGUUCCCAGGCAUCUGUCAAAGACGUGACAUUGAGGCCAAACCAAGGACGAUACUGUACCUCGUCUAUGUAAGCCCACACAGCCUGACCACAUACAGGGCCUCCCUCGUGGAGUUUCCUUUUCAGUCUACUCCAGUAUGCCUCAAUGGCAUUGAUGUGCAGUUCGGCGGUAGGGUCCUUGAAGUUCUUUGAGUGGUUAGCAGAGAAACGUAGAUAACCUUCUGAGAGGAGACGAUUGUACGCCUUCCAUUCCUUCGUUACCACUAUACUGCCUUUGGCGAUCCAUUUUGUAAUAACGGAACGGAGAGCUGACAAACUUCGGUCAUUCACCCGUUCAAAUAAGGCUUUCCGCCGGCUAGUAUCGUACAUUCCGACCAGCCACCACCCAUAAAACACCUAUUACCACCUGACCCGUAAGACAGGCUGCUAUGGUUAGGCGGAUUUUUUGGGUGCCAUCUCCCGAUUGUUACCUUUUUUGAAUUACCAGAUUAUUUCAGCACGAGAAAUGCAUUACCCUCAGUUUCAGCGUUCGUCACUCCCCCUAAACAAAAACACGAUAGAGUAGGAAAAAUUCUCCUUGGAGGAAUAACGCUAGCCCACUGAUGUCAAAACAAGAUACUUUCAGAAGAAGAAGAAGAUGUUGAUGCGAUCGCUGGACCAAGAAGUUUAUUGGUCUGACGUUUCGGAUUCUUAGCGCAGCCCGUCAUCAGAGACGGUCGCAGGUAAAGAUAGUGGAGGCACAAAGACUGCAGUAUUUACAGUACGUAGCUGCCGUGGGGCCACAUGCGUACUAUAAUUAACAGCCCUCGCGAUCACCGCUGGGGGUCGUAAUUGAUGUGAUGAUGGCUCGUCGGUCCGCGUCCGAGUGGUUGACUGCCGCACUUUCAUCACCCGUGUUGCAUAUUGACGUGACGACUGACGAGCUAACAUCGCCUUAAUUACUACCCCCAGAGGUGAUGACGAGAGCUGUUAAUUAUAGUACGCGUGUGCCCUCACAGCAGCUACCUCCGCCACCUUUAUUUGCAGUCGCCUCUGAGGGUGGGUUCGAGUGAGGAUCCAAGACGUUCCAGUGAUCGCAUCUUUCCCUUUUGAACUGCUUUCCGGAACUCGUCUGAUUGCCUCUACCAAAGAGAUACUUACAAAAGUUGCAUUUUUCAAAGAAGGACUUUUAUUCUAUUUAAAAGCUCAGUAAUGCUUGAUUCGUACUCCAACGCCAGCUGGCUUUUUUCCAAGAGUCAGAAAGAGCCUCUUUUAGGCAUCAUGAAUAGACGGUUCAGGGGCUACGAUGGGAAUAUUUUCAGCGACUUUGUCAGAGCAUUGUGUUGUAAUCUUUCGAUGUCAGUUAAAACAGGUUAAAUAGGACCCUAAAGGCUGUAAACAGUGGUGUACUUUCCUGCAGAUAAACAUUGCACCGUAGUGGUUUUGAACAGUUCGACGUAGCGAGACUGUAACAGGGCCAAACCUAUUGUGAACAGGCUCCUGUAGAAGGAAGCCUUGGGAAGCCUACCCCGUUUUACUUCAUGAGUAGACUAUCUUUAAAAAGUUCCUAUGAAUGUUGUGCUUUUGGCGUAAUUUACAGCUGUAUAGGCAGUCCAUAUUCUUAAUGGGCUAUCUCUCUUUCUUAGACAGUAAUGUUCCUGGUCUGUCGACCAGAAAUAAUUUUUAGAAAGCGCAAACGCGACGAAAUAUGUAGAACUUGAAGACAUGAGAAAAUUUUGGGACGUAUCAAACUGCUAACGGCCAAUGAACAUUUAUAAACCUAAUUGUUUAGUAAGAAAACGGCUCAGGACAACCGGAGGGAAGCAAAAAGGAGGAAUAUUGAUCAGACAUGCAGAUAGACGAGGUGCGGGGAGGGAGAGAAAAGUGGUGUAGGUGAUCUAGUUUGGGUUACAGCAAAAUCUCAUCAAGAAAAAUUACGGCAGCGCAGCAUAUGACAUACGGAGGAGACGGGUGAUUAGGUGGGGCUAUUUUCCUUCCCGACUCCUUCCUUUACAGUGCGCGGUAAAUCCAACUGUUUACAUGACUCCGACCUUCUUCUCAGUAUUGCUACUGAUCCUGAAUGGCGUAGGAGACGAGUGAAAGAGUAGUUAAAACCUGGGUGGUGAACCGCCAUUGCUAGCCUAAGAAAGUGUCAGGCCAUACGAACCUUGCUGAAAAGUUUGUUGCAAUGACCUUGAAGGCGAAGUCGUCUAACAGGAGGACGGUCUUCCAAUAUAUCCUCUUGUUCCAUCCUCUGACGAAUAGCUACUGUUGGUAUUAUAAAUCACUGUCUAUUCUAUGGAUGGCCUAUAGUGACACAUAUAUUGUAUUUACUAUUACAAUAUUAUAGAGUAUUAUGCAAUAGGUAUAUAUUAUAUUUUGCACUAUUAUACACUAUGCCAUAUAUGCAAUAUGCGAAAAUAAAUGAUAAGCGCGGACACUAAAUACAAUAGGUAAAUAGAAACAAAAAAAGGUUCUGUGGAAACAGUCGAGUUAUACUGGUGAAUUGUCAGUUUGAUAAUCACAACCCUUAUCAGACGAAACGAAAACAACGAGAAUGGUGAGAUUUCCACGCAAAAUCAUUUGGGGUGUCAAGAUAAACUGUUCCAGACAAACGAUUGGCGUGUGAAAUUGAUGAGGUAAACACCCAGUCACGGUAGGUUUUGAGUUGGAGAACAGAAGGAAGAAAGAAGAGUCACGAUUCCCAGUGCUAAAGAUGCCCCUUUUGUCGUCUUAAUAAACUGCGAAGUCGAACGGUUGCAUCGGAGACUGAAUGAUGUCUUCCCAGUCAUAAACUUUACUCGUAAAUAGGCAAUAGAAGACAUCGAACCGUUGUUGGAUGUGAAAAUACGAAGGCUACGCAGUGACAGCCUCGCAACCCCUCCGAACUCUAUUCCACCUAGCGCUCCGUUAUCGUAGAGGUGACGAUCUCCUUAGGAGGAACCAGCUUACCUCAAUUGCAAGGCCUCACCCCCACUGGGCAAAUCGUGAUGCAGAAUUUCUAUGCCCUGUCCAAUUUGCAGUGGACCUUUGAAGUUCAGAAGAAGAAGAAGGAGGAGGAGGAGAAGAAGAAGAAGAAGAAGACGUGA